AACCCUAACCCCUAACCGUUAACCUCUAAUCCUCAUGCCUAACCCCUAACCAUUAACCUCUAAUCCUCAUGCCUAACCCCUAACCCUGACCCUAACCCCUAACUGUACCCAGGACUGCACCUGGCAGUGAACGGAAGCACGUAUCGGCGUUGGUGGGAUCAGGGCCGCAGUGCUGGACCAGAGGUGGAAGCAGGGAAUGUGGGGGGACGGGACAAUGAGAUGACGCUGCAGGCCACGCUGGACAGUGGGCUCAGCUCUACGCCAUCAUGCUCACGUGGUGCCCAUCACUGUGGUAUCUGGCCUGGUGGAGGAGGGCGGUGGGGUGCCACGGGGCAGCCAUGGAGGAGUCCACGCGCCUGGGGUACUGCAUUGUGGCCGGCAGCUUUGUGUCCUUCCAGUUCUUCUUCUCAGCCGUCAGCCCCCAGCUCUCGCUGGCGCUCAGCCCCCACUACGGCAGACUGCCCUCCGGCAAGAAGCAGGAGUGGAACUCCAGGUGUGUCUCCACUCUCCACGCCCUCAUUGUCGGGCUCUUCUGCCUCUACAUCCUGUACUUCGAUGAAGCCAUUAAUGCCAACCCCAUCUGGUGAGCCCCGCUGGUGCCCCUGGUUCCUCCCGACCGG